UCUGGGUUAAUAUACUCUGGGAUGAUAUACUCUGGGAUUAUAUACUCUGGGUUGAUAUACUCUAGGUUAAUAUACUCUGGGUUAAUAUACUCUGGGUUAAUAUACUCUGGGUUAAUAUACUCUGGGUUGAUAUACUCUGGGUUAAUAUACUCUGGGAUUAUAUACUCUAGGUUAAUAUACUCUGGGUUAAUAUACUCUGGGUUAAUAUACUCUGGGUUAAUAUACUCUGGGAUGAUAUACUCUGGGUUGAUAUACUCUGGGUUAAUAUACUCUGGGUUAAUAUACUCUGGGAUGAUAUACUCUGGGUUUAUACCCUGGGUUAAUAUACUCUAGGUUAAUAUACUCUGGGUUAAUAUACUCUGGGUUGAUAUACUCUGGGUUAAUAUCCUCUGGGUUGAAAUCAUAUGUAUUGAUACAGUGGGGAGAACAAGUAUUUGAUACACUGCCGAUUUUGCAGGUUUUCCUACUUACAAAGCAUGUAGAGGUCUGUAAUUUCUAUCAUAGGUGCACUUCAACUGUGAGAGACGGAAUCUAAAACAAAAAUCCAGGAAAUCACAUUGUAUGCUUUUUAAGUAAUUAAGUAAUUGUUGAUCAUUGAUAUUUAACGAUUACACAAGGAUCAUUAAUAUACAGUGAUUACAUAAUGAUCAUUGAUAUUUAACGAUUACACAAGGAUCAUUAAUAUACAGUGAUUACAUAAUGAUCAUUGAUAUUUAACGAUUACACAAGGAUCAUUAAUAUACAGUGAUUGCAUAAUUAUCAUGAAUACUGUUGUUGUUAUAUCUCUUUGCUUCAGGAUAACCUACACAGAAGCCAUAAACAUCCUCAACAGCAGCUCCAAGACAUUUGCUUUCAAAACAGAUUGGGGCUCUGACUUGCAGACAGAGCAUGAGAAGUACCUGGUGAAACAUUGUGGCAAUGUUCCUCUCUUCGUCACAGAUUAUCCCUAUGACCUGAAGCCCUUCUACACACGAGACAACCAGGACCAGCCGCUACACACUGCAGCAGCAGUAGACCUAUUAGCCCCCGGAGUAGGAGAGAUGUGUGGAGGUUCUCUGAGAGAGGAGAGACUGGACCUAUUGAAGACACGUCUGGCACAGGCUGGUUUGGAUGAGCCAUACGGAUGGUAUUUGGAUCUGAGACGGUUUGGUUCUGUCCCUCACGGUGGGUUUGGUAUGGGCUUUGAGCGUUACCUGCAGUGUGUUUUGGGGGUCGACAACAUCAAAGACGUUAUUCCAUUCCCCAGAUACUCCCGCUCUUGCCUUCUGUAAACUAUACACUGAGUAUACCAAACAUUAAGAACACCUUCCUAAUAUUGAGUUGCACCCCUCUUUGCCUUCAGAACAGCCUCAAUUCAUCAGGGCAUGGACUCUACAAGGUCUUAAAGAGUCAGGCUGCCGAGUGUGUUGCAGGAAGUAGGACUGACGAGUGUGUUGCAGGAAGUAGGGCUGCAUUCCACAGGGCAUGGACUCUACAAGGUGUCGAAAGCGUUCCACAAGGAUGCUGGCCCAUGUUGACUCAAUUAUUUGUCCUGUUGUCUAGCUGGAUGUCCUUUGGGUGGUGGACCAUUCUGGAUACACACAGGA